AUGACCUUUGUGGAUGGAACAUCAUCUAAACCUUUUGCUCGUCUUUGGUGGGAUGAGACAGUGCCAACAGUAGUUACCAGAGCAGAACCGCACAAUCAGGCCAUUUUACACCCAGAACAAGACCGGGUGCUUACAGUUCGUGAAAAUGCAAGGCUGCAAGGUUUUCCCGACUAUUACAAGCUUUGUGGACCUAUCAAAGAAAGGUAUGUUCAAGUAGGAAAUGCAGUGGCUGUGCCGGUGGCUCGAGCGUUAGGAUAUGGAUUAAGUCUAGCUAUUCAAGGAUCGGCAACUCAUGAACCUUUAUUUACAAUACCUCAGAAAUUCCCAAACAUCUUAGAACGACUUGCCUCUGCAUCAUCUGUAGAUAAUGCUUAA